AUGGCUCCUCUGCCACCACCCGACGCGCCGUCCCUCGCCGCCCUCUCGACCGCCGAGCUCCGGAGCCUCCUCGCGCCGUGCACCACGCUCGCCGGUCCCGGCCUCGUCUUCCGCAACUGGGCGACCACGUUCCGGUCCCUCGUCACCGCCCGCUUCAAGCCCACCACCGUCGACCAGGUCCGAUGGGCGGUCGAGCUCGCGAGGAGGGAAGGCCGUGAGCUGCGCGCGGCCGGCGCAGGUCACUCGCCGAGCGACAUCGUGUGCACCGGCGGCUACCUGCUCGACCUGCGCAGCCUCGACAAGGUCCUCGAUGUCGACUCGGCGACCCAGACGUUCCACGCCGAGGGCGGCAUCGUCCUCAAGAACCUGCAUCCGAUCAUCGCCGAGCGCGGCAACCUCGCCAUCUCGUCGCUCGGGUCCAUCUCGGACCAGACGCUCGCCGGCGCCAUCUCGACCUCGACCCACGGCUCGGGCGUCUCCUUCCCCUCGAUUUCGACCACGGCCACCUUCCUCGACAUCGUCCUCCCGCUCCCCGACGCCCCCGUCGUCCGCGUCUCGCGCGCCGCCGACGAGGACCCGGACCUGUUCCACGCGGCCCUGUGCGGCCUCGGCGCGGUCGGCAUCGUCGUCGGCGUCGGCAUGCGCGCCGAGCGCACGUUCAAGCUCGAGGAGGAGACGUUCUCGAUGCGGUUCGACGAGUUCACGCGCCACUGGAGCGAGAUUGCCGAGAGCGCCGAGCACGUCCGGUGCUGGUGGUUCCCGCAAGUCGGCCGCGUCAAGGUCAGCCGGUUGAACCGCACCGACAAGCCCGUCACGCCUCGCCCGUCGGCCCUGUCGCUGUGGUACUCGGACAUCUUCCUCGCCAAGCGCGUCCACGCCCUCGCCCUCUUUGCGGCGCGCUACGUCCCGUCGCUCCUCCCGUACCACGCCUGGUUCAUGUGGACGUUCGUCCACCAGCCCGGGCCCGUCGACUGGCGCCUGUUCGCGCGCGGCCUGUGGAGCCGGCUGAGCGGCAGGGUGACGGCCGACGACCCGUGGCCGAGGGUCGAGGAGCUCGAGGGCUUUGCCGACGAGGCCAAGCGCGAGGAGCGGGCGGCGGCGGCCUCGGGCGACCCGGCGCGCGCCGCCGCGAACGAGCCGCAGAGCAGCGUCUCGCCCGCGUCGCCGGCAUCGUCGGCCGUCACGCUCGUCGAUGACGAGGCCGUCCUCGUCGACGACAAGAAGCUCCCGGCACCCGCCGCACCGCUCAUGGACCUCCUCACGCCGCCCUACACGCCUCCCGCCCUGUCGCCUUCCGACGGUACCUCGCCGACUCGCCGCCCGCGCAGCGCCUUGCCGCUCUCGCUCCCUGAACCCGCCUUUGUCACCAUCGACACCGUCCUAGACGAGUCGCUCGACGUCGACGAGAAGCGCACGUCGGCCAGCUCGACGACGGCGACGUCGCCGGGCAAGAAGCACUCGCUCCCGUGGCCGAUCCUCGAGGACGAGCCGACGUACCGGGUCGACCAGAGCGUCAACAUCUUCAACUACGACUGCGGCUUCCCUCAGUACACGUACGAGUCGUGCGUGCCCUACACGUCGACGGGCUCGGCCCUGUACGCGCUCAACGACUGGCACACGCGCGAGCUCGCCAAGCCGGGCUACCCGCUCCGGGCCCAUUUCCCGGUCGAGAUCCGGUGGGCCGACAAGGACGACGCGUGGCUGAGCCCGACGGGCAGCGGCAGGGGGUGCUACCUCGGCGCCAUUCAGUACCGCCCGUACAACCUCCCCGUCCCGUACCGCGCCCACUUUGCGCGCUUCGCAGCCCUCCUCGGCGCGUCGGCGCGCCCGCACUGGGCCAAGACGCACCAGCUCACGCCUGGCGACCUCGCGGCGCUGUACCCGCGCCUGGGCGACUUUGUCGCCGUGCGCGAGCGCGUCGACCCGCAAGGCGUGCUCGCCAACGCGUACGUGCGCCGGCACUUGAUGGGCGAGGUCGAGCGCGAGGGCAUGGAGCGCGAGGGGAGGAGGUACAAGGAGCGGGCGUGA